AUGGGGCUCUUCAAGCGCAAUUCCAAAGCCUCCGAAAGAGAGGAAAAUGAAUCCUUCGUCUCCGUCAAUAGCGCCCGAAAUUCAAAUACAUCCCUGCGAUCACCAGGAUACAAAGGCAGUGGACUACCAGCCUCAAUCCCUGAAUUGCCCAUCGCAAGACCACCAGACCCGGCACUAGAUCCAGCCGCAUAUCUACGCAGCAUCCAUGCAGUGCGCGAGCGCUCCACCAUAAUUUUAAACAAAGCGAAAGCCAACACCCUCCAACACUUCGAUGUCGACAUGACCAAAUUCGAGGCCACUGCCUCCUACGUCGUCUCAAUCAUUAAGAGAGACUACGCCCCGGAUUACGGGGACAUUCCACCCCAUGGCCGCUGGCAACAUUUCGAUAUCGGCGGGAGACCCCGCAUAAAUCAGCUUCUGCAGUCGUGGCCGAGUCGCAUUGAUGCGCAGGAGCGAACGCGCCGGUUAAUCGACUUAUUUGUCGUCUCGGUGCUGCUGGAUGCAGGUGCCGGGAAUAAAUGGUCGUAUCGAUCGAAAGAGUCUGGCAAGGUCUAUUCACGGAGUGAGGGCCUGGCUGUGGCGAGUCUGGAAAUGUUCAAGUCAGGACUGUUCAGUAGCGAUCCGACGGAACCGUGUCAGGUUGAUGGGGCGGGGUUGAAGAAGAUUACGACAGAUGUCCUGGCGAAGGGGAUGCAGCAUUCAGAGCAGAAUCCAUUGGCGGGCAUUGAAGGGCGCGCAGGACUGUUGGUGCGGCUUUCCGAGGCGCUGAACAAUCAGGACUUCUUCGGUGUGGAUGCUCGACCGGGGAAUAUGCUAGGUGGGAUUUGCAGACUGCGUUGCGAAAUUGUGCUAAUUACCAUUCUAGAUUAUCUUCUGGGUCAUCCGUCCACGUUGGCUUCGUCUGUUCCGAUUGUGCCGAUCACGACAUUGUGGUCUGUGCUAAUGGAUGGAUUUGCUCCUAUCUGGCCACCCUCACGAACACAGAUUGACGGCGUGCCCAUUGGAGAUGCAUGGAAAUGCUCAGAUCUCCCGAAAUCACCACCCGCACAGCAGUGGGAAAGCAUCGUCCCCUUCCACAAGCUCACACAAUGGCUCUGCUACUCGAUUAUGGUUCCUAUGUCCAAAUUGAUGCACAUUCACUUCGCCGGCAGCGACCUUUUGACUGGACUUCCAGAAUACCGCAACGGAGGCCUCCUAGUCGAUUUAGGACUGUUGAGUCUCAAACCGCACGACAUGCAGCGCGGAAUCGACGCAUAUAAAGAGAAUGCGCAGAUCAAGGGCCAACCAAACGUCGAAGUUGCUCCGCUGUUCUCCGCCGACGACGAUGUAAUUGUCGAAUGGCGCGCGGUUACUGUUGGAUUCUUGGAUGACCUCUUAGACGAGGUCAACUCUCAAUUGGGGCUCAGCGGGUCCGACGAACAACUUUCUCUUGCACAAAUGCUUGAGGCUGGAACCUGGAAGGGUGGACGCGAAAUUGCAGAAGUCUCCAGACCCAACACCAAGGAACCUCCCAUCAUGAUACGAUCUGACGGCACUGUCUUCUAA